AUGUCCAGCGGAGCCCUGGGGCGUCUCAGCACCUUGACUCUGAGUGUGAAGCAGCUCAGCCGGCUGCCUCACCUCUCCGACAUCCUCCCCUCUUCACUCCCCUCCCUCCCCUCCCCCAGCCCCACCGUCCUUGUCUCCUGCGUCCCCACUCUGUUCCAGGAGCCUUACAUCCUCUCCGGCUACCGCCCAGUGGGGCAAGACUGGCGCUGCUACCUCCUCAGCCUCUUCCAGAGACACAAUGAAUCCCUCAACGUCUGGACACACCUUCUGGCAGGUCCCCUGGUGCUACUACGUGUCUGGGCCUAUGGAUUGUCCCUAGACUCAGCGUCCCUGCCUUUCUGCCUGUACAUACUGUCUGCCCUCACCUACUUGUGUUGUAGCGUAGCAGCCCACCUGCUCCAGUCCCACUCCGAGCUGGCCCACUAUUCCCUGUUCUUCCUGGAUUAUGUGGGUGUGUCUGUGUAUCAGUAUGGCUGUUCCCUGGCUCACUAUUUCUACUGCUCUGAGCCUGCCUGGAGGGAGAGCACCGUAGGGUUCUGGUUCCUCCCUGGCGCUGCCCUACUUGGCUGGCUGUCCUGUGCCAGCUGCUGCUUUGCCAAGUCACGCUACCGCCGGCCCUACCCGCUCCGGAGGAAGAUCUGCCAGCUGAUCCCCACCAGCAUGGCCUACUUCCUGGACAUCAGCCCUGUAGCCCACCGCCUGGCCACCGUACCCUGGGGACAGGACCCCGCUCUACCGCUCCACGCCCUGCAGAUGGCCUUCUUCCUGCUUGCAGCCCUCUUCUUCUCCUGCCCUGUUCCUGAGAGGUUCUUCCCGGGGCAUUGUGACAUCAUGGGUCAGGGUCACCAGAUCUUCCACCUCUUCCUGUCUCUGUGUACUCUGUGUCAGCUGGAGGCCCUUUUCCUGGACUAUGGCAGUCGGAGGGAUACAGUGCUGCAGUUGUAUGGGGAGAGGCAGCUGUGGUACGCCGGUGUAUCCUUCCUCGCCCUAGCACUAUGUAGUGCCCUGACCGCGGUUGUCAUGAGGAGGCAUGUACAGAGACGACUGGAGAAAGGUGAAACUGUGAAACAGUGA